AUGGAAAUAAUCUUAAACGAAGCCAUCGACAAUCCGAGUGUUCAAUGGCUGGAUCCAGUUACUUCGUUUCAAUUAGAAAACACUCUGGAUUCACAUCUGGAUUUUCCUAUAACUCUAAAGGCAUUCCUAUUUUCGAGUUUUAACAAAGUUGAGAAAGAUCCUGAUUCUGAUCACUAUGCCAAUAUUUUGCUUAUCUCUUUUUAUUUGAAGAAUGUCAAGCCCCUAUAUGAAAUAUGUAGUUUUAUGAAGAUUACAGCUGUGAAGGUUUUUGGCCUCAUUGAAACCGAAAGCUUCCUGAAUGUGAGAUUUAAAACAGCUAGAGGUGUUUUGAGCUUGGUGUUUGAGUUUAUGCUCGCAGAACUACCAUGCCUUAACCCGUUUGACUGGAUAUCUCUGUUUCAUCUCUUACUAAAGGAUGAAUAG